CAUUACUCUCAUCGAUCAUCACUAGCAUCACAAACUAAACAUAAUAAUGGCUCUUAGAGUUAUAGCAUUGUCUCGUGUUGUGUUUCUUCUCUUUCUCUCACUCAUCAGCUUCGCAGCAAUAUUGGCUACAUCUGAGCAGUGCACAUACGUUGUGAGAGUUAAGACAGGAGAUCGCAAAGAUGCAGGAACCGACUCCAAGAUGACCCUCAAGUUAAAGUCGCUUCUGGCUUUAGCUUUACCGUCGACAACCUCGAAAGGUGGGGUGUCAUGGGACCCGGUCACGACUACUUCGAGCGGGGCAACCUCGACGUGUUCAGUGGCCGGAGCCCUUGCCUCCGUGCUUGUGCCAUGUCCGUCAUCUCCAACGGCGAAGGGAACAAGCCAGGGUGGUACUUGGAUUAUGUUGAAAUCACCAUGGUUGGAGCCGGCGGCCAAACUUCCAAGGUGUCGUUCCCGGUGAACCAGUGGCUGGCUCUAGACGAAUGGCCUAAACAUCUCUAUGCCAAUGUCAACUUAUGCCCCCGCCCCAGGCCUUGAGGUGUUCUAUAGCUGCUGUGUGUUGUGUUAUGUAUCUAUCUGCCUUUAAUAAUUUGUGUGUUGUGUCUGUGUUACGUGAUGUUUGUCAUGUGUCUCAUUUCGGUAUUAAUAAACUGUUCUGCACUUGCCGAGUACUACAUGCUUA